GAGCUUUCCACGCGCCGCGACCCGCCCAUCCGCGAGGUGAUCGCCGCGGGGGUCCCGGGGAGGCUGGCCGCCCUGCUCCGGGAGGGCGCCGUGCCCGCGCACGUGCAGCGCGAGGCGGUGCUGACCCUGGCCAAGCUCUCCGAGGGCUCCACCGAAGAGGUGGCCGCCGUGAUCUCCUCUGGGGCGGGGGGGGCGCUGGUGGGGCUGCUGUCGUCGCCGGGGCUGCAGCAGCUCCCGGAGCUCUGCGGCGAGACCCUGUGCGCCCUCAGCAGCUUCGCGAGCGACAGCACGGCCAUCCCCGGCGGCGCGCACGGGGGACUCUAUGGGGCCAUGCAGGAGGCGCCCUGGGGCCCGGCCCCGCGGCUGACGGUGCUCCGCGCGCUGACGCGCCUGGCCCGCGUGCUCUGCUGCGGCGCCCCGCCGCCGCCGCCCGAGGAGGUCGACUGCAUGUUCGACUACUUCUUCCAGGUGGUGAACGAGUGCGAGGACCCCGACAUGCGCAGCGACGCGGUGUCGGGCCUCCAGCACCUCCUGGGGAGCUCCCCCGACCGCGAGGGCGGCGGGCACUCGCUGGAGAGGCUGCUCGCUGCCGGCUCCCCCGCAGAACUGCGGGGCCUGGCCGCGCAGGUUGGCAGCACAGCGCCUGCGAGCCAGGCGCCGCGCUUCGACGAGAACUGCCCGGGCGCCGGCAACGGCGGCGCACCGCUCCACGCCGUCGGCAAGGCCCCGGUGGUCGGACUCUGCGGCUCCCCCCGC